GUUUUAGAUCUCCUAUACAUUUUAUUGUAUUAUUCGUCAGUUAACUAUGCGUUUGUUAUCAGCGAAAAAUUUCUUUUCACUUUCAAAUUUCCCAUCGCACUUUUCUUUGUUGAGACAUGCUCAUGAGAAGAAAUAGUAAAUAGUACUUAAGUACUUUUUUUUCGAAUACAUUAUUGAUAAUAGUUGUGGCGACUGAAUACAAAGAGAACAUUUUUAUUCAUAAUUAUUGUUGCUCUCGAAUAUCACUACACAUUGUCAUUAAGCUUGUUUUGUCUAUCAGCUAAUAGUGUUGGAUGACGAAACUGCUCGCAAGUCGGAAGUGGUCUUUACUGCUGAGCACACACGCUCGGUUUAUUUUUACGUAAAAAUUGUCGAAAUACGCUGUGACGAACUUUAAUCCAAUCGCUUACUGCAUACAAUCACACAACCAAAUAUAUUGUGUAAUUGCUGGUUUACAUUGUACAUAAAUACAGUUUAUGUUUUUAACACGUAGACGGAAGUUCUUUAAAAGUAAAAAUUGCUGACAGGCGCAGUACGAUUGUCUGCACUUACAAAACAAAAGCUCAUUAACUUUUUGAAUAACGAAAAAAUCGAAAAAGAAACAUCCCGUACUCCCAUAUCUUCAAUCAAAUAAUCACUCGAUUACAGUUUGACGUAUAUAACAAGUACAUCUGCAUAUUUAAUCCAAAUAGUCGAAAAAUUUGAAAACACCUGUUGUGAUUCCCAAAGUCCUCUCUUCAAAACUUUUUUAUUUGGUGUGGCAUAGCAGUCAUUGCUUAAUUUGGCUGUUAAUAUUAUUCCUCCUCAAGUUAAAUGUUGGGUUUCCAUUCAAACGUGCACCAUAUCUAUGAAAUUUGAUGUCAUUGAAUAAAGAUUUUCAACCAUUGACUGAUAAUCCUCCUGCAACUUCAUUUUACAAUUUACAAAUAUAUACAAACUUUUAUACAAUGUACGAAUCAUAUAAACUCUUAAACGUCAUAUUCCGUGCUUCAGUCAUUCCGGGAGCAUUAAUGUUAAUUUGGCUGACUGGGAUGUAAGUACGCUAAUUCUUUAUACAUUUAGAUACAUACAUAUAUAUUUUGAUUUUUAAUUGCUAACUGUAAUGUUCUUCGUUACAAUUAAUUUGUUAUAUGUUUUUUUCUCAUGCUUUUUAUAUCAAAAGAAUCGGCAGAUAAAACUUAUCUAACCAAUCUCUAUCGCGGUUGCUAGUCCUCUUUAUAUCUAUUUUUAUUAUUUACCAAAGUUAACCUAUGAAAUGUGCUAUUAGUCCUUAUUUUUUUCCCCGUCGCUUUGUAAAAUAUGUCUGCAUGUACAGUAUUCGCACGGUUAUGUACUAAUUCAGGCAAUCGAUAGUGCUCGUGCCUCUACUGAAUAUACCACAUUUUGCUUGACACAUAUAACUUCCUUAUUCGCUUUUGUACGAAAUAUCUCAUUACUAUCUGGAUAUACAUAUGUACUUGUCGUGCACAAUUUAGUCUACGAUUAAAUGCUAUCCUUUUAUUCAUUCUACAGUUAGCGAAUAAAUUAUUUUUUAUUUAUUUAUCAUUCUUAUUUUAUUUGUUAUUCUGAUACACGCAUCAGUAAGUACUCCUAAUGUGUAACAUUGAGGUGUUUGCCAUUCAUUAAGUUUCGAUUCAAGUUUGACUCUAAAUCCUCCUCUUUACUCCACAGAAUCUCACUUACUGUGGUACAAAUAUGUAUGCUGGUAUUCCUCAUAAUAUUCGUUGGAUUCCCAUUAUUAUUUCGUUAUUCUAUAACAUUACAAAGAGGGAUUCUCUUUCUCACGUUCAUUACAUAUCCCAAGGACCUUGAUCUGUCAAAUCCAGCCAGUGUGGGGCUUUUUGGUACGAGAUCUCUUAAUCUUAGUGUGCUCGAUCCCGAUGCUGAGGAACGUCAUGAUGGCGUGCGCAUUGGUGUCUGGCAUGUGCUGCCGUUACACUUAGCUAAACGCUUUGCUAAAGAACUGAAAAUCGAUACGCAAGUGCACGAUGAAUUAAAGAACACAACAUUUGACGAUGACGAAAGUUUGGACAAGCAAAUGCCUACUCUGAAAUCAGAAUUCCCCGAUGUAACCGCUGAGAAUGAAGCGCUCUUUUAUGAGCGCAUGUUGAAACUUCCGGGUAUCAUUGUUCUAUAUCUUCAUGGCAACACCGCUUCUCGUGGCUCGGGACAUCGUGUCGAGAUGUACCAGAUUCUGCGCAAACUUGGCUGCCAUGUAUUGUCUUUGGAUUAUCGAGGUUAUGGAGAUUCCGAUCCCGUUCCACCCACCGAAGAGGGAAUUGUACGAGACGCCCUAACAGUAUAUGAAUAUAUUAGAAAUGUAACAACGAAUCCUAUAUUCAUAUGGGGUCAUUCUCUGGGCACUGGUGUGGCAUGUCAUUUAUGUUCACAGUUAAGUUUGAAUUUCAAAAUAGAUCUACCUCGUGGAGUGGUAUUGGAGGCGCCUUUUACGAACAUCCGUGAUGAAAUAAGAUUGCAUCCAUUCGCUAGGCCCUUUAAAGAUCUGCCUUGGUUUGAUUUGACGAUUGCGCGUCCUAUGUAUUCGAACAAGUUGCGCUUUGAAUCGGAUAAGCACAUCGGCGAAUUUCGGCAGCCGGUAAUGAUACUCCAUGCGGAAGAUGAUUAUGUUGUUCCAUUUGAACUUGGGUACAAGCUAUAUCGAAUAGCUCUGGAUACGCGUGCAAAAACUUGGGGGCCUGUUGAAUUUCAUCGAUUCAAUGGUGUUGCAGGUUACGGACAUAAGUUUCUUUGCCGCGCACCUGAACUACCGGAACUUGCAAAACAAUUUUUCGAGACUUAUCGCAACGAAGACUUUUAAAGACUUUAAAAUGUUUAAACAUUGGCUUCUGUUAUUUCCCCCCAUAAAGUGCAUAUGUAUCCUGCAGUAUUUAAGGUCUUACAGCCAGGAAUUCACAUCCGCCCGAGUUCACUCAAAAAAAGCUUACAAGCUACUGGAAUGCUUUUUAUUUCAAAUAGUUUUGUCGUAGAUUUGUGUAUAUGCAUAUACAUGUACAAUAAGGACUUUAGUAUUAUUUGUGCAAAUUAAUUAUUUAAAAACAUAGACAUAGAAAUGGAGACAUUUAUUAGUCAGUUACGGGUGCACUUAUUUGCGACUGUUUCAUUGUAUACAUAUAUAAAAAAGAGAAAAAGGGAAAGGAAUACAUGCAAGGACGAUGUGUAGAGAUUGCAACUAAUACAAUUCAAACUGUGAAAGUUCGUAUUAUUUAUUAUUGCUAAAAGUCGUGAUUAUGCUAGAGGUUUAACCAUUACCAAAAAGGUAAAAUAUGAUAACAUUAUGAAAAUAUUAUUUUUUUGUAAAUAAAUAUAAAAUAAAUACAAAAUUUUUACUUUAUAGUAA